ACCUUAAAAAAAGAAAAAAAGAAAAAAAACCGAGACUUUUUCCCUCCCUCCGACGCUCACUGAAUCUGACUACACACGCUCCCACCAAAACCCCGUCAGAACCCUAAUUUAUUUCAGCCACCUACCAGAAAGACCAGCAGGCACUGAUGAGAGCAUUGAGGAUUAUCUCUACUUGUCCUUGAUUGUCAUAUUCUUCAGCUGCAUUUUCCUUAACAUGACAUCUCCCGAAGCAUAUACACCAAGGAAACCUAUUUUUUUGGAGAAAGUAGAAGCAAUGAAUGGAACAUUCAAUGGACAGAUUUUGGUGGAAAAGCUUGCCAAGCUUAACAAUUCACAGCAAAGUAUAGAGACUUUAUCACACUGGUGUAUCUUCCAUCGGAGGAAAGCAAAACAAGUUGUUGAAACAUGGGAUAGACAGUUCCAUUGCUCUCCACGGGAGCAGAGAGUGUCUUUUCUAUAUCUUGCAAAUGAUAUUUUGCAGAAUAGUCGGCGAAAGGGUUCGGAGUUUGUUGGUGAAUUUUGGAAGGUUCUUGCACAUGCUCUUAAUGAUGUGAUUGAGAAUGGGGAUGAAUUUGGAAGAAAUGCUGCACUCCGACUGAUUGAUAUAUGGGAAGAGAGAAAAGUUUUUGGUUCUCGGGGGCAAAUUCUUAAGGAAGAGCUUGUUGGGAGGAACCUGGAGAACAGUAACAGAAAUGGAAAAAGUUCAGAUUUCAAACUGAAACAGUCUGUCGGAGAUACACUGGAAAAGAUCAUUUCAAGUUACGAAGUUAUUUAUGAUGGUUCUAUGGAUGAAGAAGCUUUACUGAGCAGAUGCAGGACUGCUGCUAGUGGUGUUGAAAAAGCAGAAAAGGAAAUUGGUGGCAGUAAUAACUCAGGGCAGCUCAAUGGGUCUGGAUUUGUGGAUGAGUUGCGGAGCCAGCAUAGUAGACUCAGAGAAUGUAUUGAGCAGCUGAGAUUGGUUGAAUCAUCAAGAUCAAGUCUCGUAUCUCACUUAAGAGAAGCUCUUCAGGAGCAGGAAUUUAAGCUGGACCAAGUUCGUAAUCAACUUAAGCUUGCGCAGUCUCGAUAUGAACAGGCGGGCCACAUCUGCCAACAAGUGCUAAACUGCAGCAAUGGACAGUCGCUUGUUGAGCCAAGGUUGAAGGAAACAAACACCUCAACUGAUGCACCUUCCAGUUUCCUUCAGGAAACUCCAGCCAUCAGCACUGGCAAAGAGCAAUCAGCUCCAGUCAUGUAUACACGGCAGGGACCUUUCACUGAGAAUGCUGGCCACAUUGAAGAAGAUCCCCGCAAAUCGGCAGCUGCUGCUAUGGCUGCUAAACUUGCUGCUUCGACUUCCUCUGCUCAGAUGCUCACCUAUGUGCUGUCAUCGUUGGCAUCCGAGGGCGUCAUUGGCAACCCGUUGAGUGAGUCUUCCUGUGAUUAUCCUUCUGAAAAGAGGCCCAAACUUGAGAAUGGACCAUCUUCCUACAUAGCACCUCAGCAUCCUCAGCCAUCACCACCUCUUCUUCCACAUCCUGAAUCGCUCCAGCACAAUGUCACAGCAACGUCCCAACAGUUGGCACAUCAACCGGCAUCUCCAGCGUCAUCUCCUAUGUCUCAUCCAGGUCCUCCUGCCAUGCCACCACCACCACUACCACCACUCCCUCCACUGCCCCCACCACCAGCAGCAGCCCAAUUCAUGCAGAUAGCUGGUUCUAUGACAAGUGUACCCUACAACUAUGGUACAGCUCUGCAGCGGCCACCACCAUUACCUGGUUAUCCAAUGGUUGGGUCCUCGGUUACAGGUGUGCCUUCCUAUCCUAGUCCAAGUCCUCAUCAGAAUUUUCAGGGGUCUGAAGGAGGGUUCUAUGGCCAGCCACCCUUGCCAGCAACACCACCAAUUUCUCGGCAGUAGUUGUCCUAGGUCUUUGUGGUUGUAUGAUAAAAAAUUAUGUAUUGAAACUACUCACCCCCUCCCCCCAAAGGUACAUGAAUCCUAUCCCAAUAUGGGGGACUGGGAUUUCGCUUGACCUUAUAACAUUAGUACAUAGUUGUAUAUUAAUUGAAUUAUGAUAUAUCAACCUCUUCUAA